GGCGGGGCGAGCGGAGGCUGGAGGAGCCCGGGCGGUGAGACCCGGGCGCCGGAGCGGGGCCUAGGUCCGCGACCUGGCUCCCAGGCAAUGCCGAUGCCGCUGGUGCGCAGGCCACACUGUGAGUAGCAAGAGAAGAGACUGCCCGUAGAGCAUUAUCGAUCAGUGGGACUGUGAAGGAGGCUCCACACUGUGUCCUUUGAGGGGAAGGAGUGGCAGCAGUCACUAGGGAGGAGGCGAGAGAGCAUGUGGCCGGGCCCUGCAGACACGGGAAGCUUCAUCGAGUGACUGCGGAGCAGAAGGAGGCUGGUUCCUUCAGCCAGUUGCUCAACCAAGAAAAGGCUGUGUCUCUUCUUAUCUGUCUCAGAGCACAUGCGUCUCUUUCAAGGCCCCAAGGACAUGAAUCUGCACUAACUACGAUCUUCUACCACAGAGCCCUCCUGACCCCGAACUGAAGUGUCGCAUUGUCAGAUCUGGCUGACCCACAAUUAAUAGAUAGUUUUGUCUCGUUUCUACUUGCUGAUUUAAUCUAAACAGACAAAGAGCCCAAGGAGAGAUUGUGGUGUGAUCUAGAAAGCUUCAAACCAAGUAGUUUUGCGGCUGUGUCUGUGCGUCUGUCUUGGAGAAGUAGGGCCCACUGGGAACAAUGCCACCACCAUCAGACAUUGUCAAAGUGGCCAUUGAGUGGCCAGGUGCUAAUGCUCAGCUCCUUGAAAUCGACCAGAAACGGCCCCUGGCAUCCAUCAUCAAGGAAGUGUGCGAUGGGUGGUCUUUGCCAAACCCCGAGUAUUACACCCUGCGUUAUGCAGACGGGCCCCAGCUCUACAUCACCGAGCAGACUCGCAGUGACAUUAAGAAUGGAACAAUCUUGCAGCUGGCCGUCUCCCCGUCCCGGGCCGCGCGCCAGCUGAUGGAGAGGACCCAGUCAUCCAACAUGGAGAGCCGGCUGGAUGCCAUGAAGGAGCUGGCCAAGCUCUCUCCUGACGUGACCUUCGCCACCGAGUUCAUCAACAUGGAUGGCAUCAUCGUGCUGAUGCGGCUCGUGGAAAGUGGAACCAAGCUCUUGUCCCACUACAGUGAGAUGCUGGCAUUCACCCUGACUGCCUUCUUAGAGCUCAUGGACCAUGGCAUUGUCUCCUGGGACAUGGUUUCCAUCACCUUCAUUAAGCAGAUUGCAGGGUACGUGAGCCAGCCCAUGGUGGAUGUAUCCGUCCUUCAGAGGUCCCUGGCCAUCCUGGAGAGCAUGGUCCUGAACAGCCAGAGUCUGUACCAGAAGAUCGCAGAGGAGAUCACUGUGGGCCAGCUCAUCUCUCACCUGCAGGUCUCCAACCAGGAAAUUCAGACCUACGCCAUUGCCCUGAUCAAUGCACUUUUUCUGAAGGCUCCUGAGGACAAGCGACAGGACAAGUACCUUAACCCGCUAGACCUGCCAGUCACUGACAUGGCCAAUGCAUUUGCACAGAAGCACCUUCGGUCCAUAAUCCUAAACCAUGUGAUCCGGGGGAACCGCCCAAUCAAAACCGAGAUGGCCCAUCAGCUGUAUGUCCUACAAGUCCUGACCUUUAACCUUCUGGAAGAAAGGAUGAUGACCAAGAUGGACCCCAAUGACCAGGCUCAGAGAGACAUUAUAUUUGAACUGAGGAGGAUUGCAUUUGACGCGGAGUCUGACCCGAGCAAUGUCCCUGGGAGUGGGACUGAAAAACGCAAAGCCAUGUACACCAAGGACUACAAAAUGCUAGGAUUUACAAACCAUAUCAACCCAGCAAUGGACUUCACCCAGACUCCUCCUGGAAUGCUGGCCUUGGACAACAUGCUGUACUUGGCUAAAGUCCAUCAGGACACCUACAUCCGGAUUGUCUUGGAGAACAGCAGCCGAGAAGACAAACACGAAUGCCCCUUUGGCCGCAGUGCCAUUGAGCUCACCAAAAUGCUUUGUGAAAUCCUCCAGGUUGGGGAACUACCAAAUGAAGGGCGCAACGACUACCACCCGAUGUUCUUCACCCAUGACCGAGCCUUUGAAGAGCUCUUUGGAAUCUGCAUCCAGCUAUUGAACAAGACCUGGAAGGAGAUGAGGGCAACGGCGGAGGACUUCAACAAGGUUAUGCAGGUGGUCCGAGAGCAGAUCACUCGUGCUCUGCCCUCCAAGCCCAGCUCUUUGGAUCAGUUCAAGAGCAAACUACGUAGCCUGAGCUACUCUGAGAUUCUGCGACUGCGCCAGUCUGAGAGGAUGAGCCAGGAUGACUUUCAGUCCCCGCCCAUUGUGGAGCUGAGGGAGAAGAUCCAGCCCGAGAUCCUUGAGCUGAUCAAGCAGCAGCGCCUGAACCGACUCUGUGAGGGCAGCAGCUUCCGAAAGAUUGGGAACCGCCGGAGGCAAGAGCGAUUCUGGUAUUGCCGCUUGGCGCUCAACCACAAGGUCCUGCACUACGGUGACUUGGAUGACAACCCUCAAGGGGAGGUGACAUUUGAAUCCCUGCAGGAGAAAAUUCCUGUCGCAGACAUCAAGGCCAUUGUCACUGGAAAAGAUUGUCCCCACAUGAAAGAGAAAAGCGCUCUGAAGCAGAACAAGGAGGUGUUGGAAUUGGCUUUCUCCAUCCUGUAUGACCCCGAUGAGACCUUAAACUUCAUUGCACCUAAUAAGUAUGAGUACUGCAUCUGGAUUGACGGCCUCAGCGCCCUUCUGGGGAAAGACAUGUCCAGCGAGCUGACUAAGAGCGACCUGGACACGCUGCUGAGCAUGGAGAUGAAGCUGCGGCUGCUGGACCUGGAGAACAUCCAGAUUCCCGAGGCCCCCCCGCCAGUGCCCAAGGAGCCCAGCAGCUAUGACUUUGUCUAUCACUACGGCUGAGCCUGGAGCCAGAGGCCGCGGUUCCCAGGAAGGGAUUGGGGGCCCAGGAGAAACAUUUACAGUCUGGUGCCUUGCUUUCCACUUGUACAGAAUCUGGAGUGACCGUGGUGGCCAGUAAAUGCCAGCCGUUCCUCAGACCCACCGCAGACCACCCAGAGCUUCAUUGGCCCCUGCCCACCGUGGGUCAUGAGGGCAGGCGGCCCUGCCCUCCCCGUCACUGUGGGGCCUGGGUGCGGGCCGUGAGGAGUGAACAGCAGACAGCCUUGCCUUCCAGGCCAAGAAACUGCUUCUUGAGCUGCAUUUAACAACAGCCACUCACUUUUCUUCCUGAGCCUGCUCCCCAGCUGGCUGGAUCCCCAUGUGGGCAAGAGCUGGCCCAGGAAAGGCCGCCUGCAGAGGACAGACGUGCUGGGCAUGCGGAGGGCCUUGGAGAGGCUGCCUUGGGGUGACCCGUGCCUGUGUCUCAGAUCUAAGUAGAGGCCUUGCCUGUGCUUUUGCCGUUUUAAUGAGGGUUUAUUUGGCCUCACAAGGGCCAACAUGCUGCUGCUGCUGGGGUUUGGCUCGAACAUCUCUGGUCUCUGGAGCCACCAGGCCUCUCUCGCCCACGCAGUUGUCUGGGCAGAUGGAAAUUUCUUUCUACAAGCUCUCAGUCUCUCAUCCUGGCAAGUCAAAGACACGAGGGCUAAGUCCCACCCCCGCAGUCUCAAGGAACUCUGCAGAGAGCGCCCAGAGGAGCCUGGGCUUAGACUGUGGUGAGGUCACUAGAUUCCAUUCCCCUCCUCCCAACCCCCACUUAACAUCUCUUCCUUUUUUGGGGAGAAAUCUCCCACCUACCCUGAAUGGCAGCCCCCUCCAGUUUGCUUUCCUCCGGCCUUCCAGACCUCAGGAAGUUUUCCUUCCCUUCUUCCCCAUUCCAGCGCUGUGGUCCCUGCCAUCGGCCAUGAUUUCAGGGAGCUGGCUAAGGCCACAGCUGUGCCAAUGCGACGUCCCUGGUGCUGCCGCACUUGUAAACCACACGCACAGCCUCUGUCCGUGGACAUAGUGAACACAGUGGCAUUCAGUCUUGGUGGCCUGGCAUGGUAGGUACUGCCCAAUGAAGAGUGUACUAUAUAUUUUCUUUAUUAUAGGCCAUACUUAUACAGACAUGUAUAUAUAUUUAUAUAAGAUCUACCUAUCCUAGGAUGGUAUGUUUGAGAGAAAAUAAAAUUGGAGGCCAAAAAAGAAAACAGUAACGCUCCCAGUUGUGAGCCAAGAUUGUAACCUGAGAGCAACCAAGAGCUUCCUGUCAGUAACCAUGUUUUCAAUAAAUACUCUUUCAUGUACAAACUGG